AUAAAAAAUACUGCUUUUGCUUUCCCUAUCUUGCUUAAGUUUUCCAACCGAAGCACUGUCUUACCUCUUUCCAAUGGCCCAUGGUUUUGUUCUCUCAUCUCUCUCUUUCUUAAUAUAUCAACACCUUCCGCCCUGGGCGUCCUCAUUCUUGGAUCUUGACCUCUUUCCCAGCACUGUUCUAUACGUCUGUACAAGAUCCUCUUUCUUUUUCACUCAAACAUUCCCAUAUCCGUUCUUCAUCCCAUUCGUUUCAUCGGACCGAGAAAGAUCGAGGUAAACUUGUAUAUCUUGGUUCUCUUCCUUUUUGGCAUCUGGGCAUUGAACUUUGUGUGUUAUGGAUUAGGAUCUGGAUUUAUAACCUUAAGUUUAUGUUGGAUUUCAAGAAAAUAGAAUACUGUUUUCGGAUAUCGACCUUGUCUGUUUUGCGAUCAAUUUUUGUUAGAGGAGGAGAAAUUGUAUAGAGGACAGAGGUCAGAGGAAAUUGUUCGGAACUUGAGGAAUUUGUGUUGCAUUUGGAGGAAUAUAUUUGGUGCUUAAUUACCCUUGUCGAUGAGAAUGGAGGCAGGGUUGGUGGAGCGCGGGAGAGACAUGGUUGGGCAUGUUACCAGAGUUGGAUAUGUGAAGAAGAUUAUAACGAAGAGGAGACGCACGCGGAGGAUUGUGCGGCCUCCGCAGGCGGCCCCCCCUAUGGCGUUGCAGGAGCUGUUCGUGUCGUGCCUAGACGUGUUCAAAGGCCCUGGCACCGUUCCUUCCCCUCAGGAUGUACAGAAACUAUGCCACAUUCUUGACAAUAUGAAGCCAGAAGACGUGGGGCUAAGUGGAGAUCUACAGUUUUUUAAGCCUUCAAAUGGGGUCAAAAGUGAUCCAAGGGUCACAUCCACAACCAUUUACAAGUGCGAUAACUUUUCGUUGUGCAUGUUCUUUCUCCCUGCAACUGGGGUGAUCCCCCUUCACAACCAUCCAGGAAUGACUGUUUUUAACAAGCUUUUAUUAGGAACAAUGCACAUCAAGUCCUAUGACUGGGUUGAUCCUGUCGAUUCGGAUAGCUCUGUGCAAUCCUCCCAAUUGAGAUUGGCAAAGUUGAAAGCUGACAGUGUCUUCACGGCCCCAUGCGACACUUCAGUAUUAUAUCCAACAACUGGAGGGAACAUCCACGCCUUCACUGCCAUAACCCCAUGUGCAGUGCUUGAUGUGCUAGGACCUCCCUAUUCUAAUAAAGAUGGUCGAGAUUGUUCCUUCUAUAAAGAUCAUCCCUACGCUGCCUCAACAGGAGAGACAACAGUGAAAAUGGAGGAGGCCGACUGUUAUGGAUGGUUAGAAGAGAUUGAAAUGCCAGAGAACUCAGAAAUUGACGAAAUUGAAUACUUGGGUCCUCAGGUUAUUGAGCAUCGUUAGCCGUUGCAAGUGUAACCAAAAAGGCAAAACUCAGUCUUGUUUGCCGUUCAAUAUUUACAUUUGUAUUUCUUUUCCAUUCUCUCGUUGUGGUUGGGUUUAGCUAUGUUAAUUGUAGAUUUUUAGUUUUUUUUCUUCAAAGCGAUAUAUAACACGAUUCUUUAGAUUUUUUAGGAGCUAAUGAAGGGUGGUGCUCGUUUUCUCUGUUCA